CUACACGCUACCAGUUUGCCGAGUACGUUACGAGAGUGAGCUUGCGUCGCGUCGCAUCCCGGACCGAGUCUACUUUUACGUGACCAUUUAGAACCGGUUUUGAAAGUGCUCUGAGGUGUGGCGUAGGCGGUUAGUGCCGCGUUCAACCGUAAAAUACUUUUUUCAAAGUUCAAAAUCAACUUUGUGAUUCAAAAUAGUGUGAUUGUGGUUCAUCACAGGUCUCUAAUCAGCCUUAUCGAGGUGUGAAAGAGAGAGUCGCAGUGACCGUGAGUGCGAGUGGGACAGACGAAACGAGUUUAAUUUUUUUAAAAUAGAAAAAAAGAGUGACCCAAUCCCAUCGGCUAGUGAUGCCAGAGCUUAGAGUUUUGUGAGUUAUCAAGUUUAUAAACACAAGAUGGCAGUAUUUCCCGCGCUUUUCGGAUUUUUUCUCCUCGCCGUCGUCAAAGGUCAGGUCGUGGACAUCACACCCAGGGAGGCGGUGCGGCGGGUGGGAGAUGAGCUCAUCGUGCAGUGCAAAGUUCCCUACCCCAUCGACUCGUGUCGAAUGACCGUCGGGCCCAACUCUUACCGGUUGCUGCCGACAAACCAAGAUGAGGAAGUCGUGUACUCCGGCAAUGGAUUACAGUUCGGCGAGUGCGGCGGGCUGAUCAAGCACGUGCGCGAGGAGUGGAACGGCAACAUCUCGUGCGUGGUGCCGCCGCAGUCCGGCAGCAUCGAGCUCACUGCCACCAUGCAGCUCACCGUCGCCAGGCCACCUCUUCAGCCCCUGCUGAUAACGGACACCCAUCAGUCCAGCUUCAAGGAAGGCGACUACUUCAUGGCGCAGUGCGUCGUGCCCAGCGGCAGACCUGCUGCCAAGGUUACUUGGUAUUUAGAUGAUGAGCCGCUGCUCGAGGGUAUUCACCAGGCGGUGAUCAGGCCAGAGCCUGGCAGCGACCUGAAGACCAUCAGCCAGAACCUCUCCCGGACCCUGUCAGCUGACGACAACGGCAAGCGACUGAUCUGCCGCGCUGAGCACGAGGCGCUGGACGGACCUAAAGAUGUGGCGAGGCAGCUCGUUGUUGAGUAUCCCCCCAAGCGCAUGGAGGCGGGUCAGAUCACAAUUUUCGGUCUGAAGAUCGGCGAGGAGGGUCGGCUGAACGUGACGGUGCGCGCCAACCCCGCGCCCACCGCCUCGUGGACGGUCGGCGAUCUCGUUGUGUCGCCGCGACCCGCCGCCGACGACGCCGCUGUCGUCGCCUUGGAGCCUGAGCACCUGGGCGGAGGCUACUACAACGUGACGCUGAUCCUGCAGCGCGUGGCGAAGGAGGACGUGGACCGGACGUACUACCUGCGAGUCUCCAACGAGCUCGGGCAGGAGGAGUUCGCCGUCAGACUUAGCACCAUGGACGAACCCGCCGCGCGAAAAGCGAACUCGUCCUACCUUAUAGACGUUUAUGGUGUGGAGCUGGGUUCGGGGGCGAUUGCCGGCAUAGUCGUAGCCGUGCUGAUUCUUCUCAUUGCCGUCUCCCUGAUCGUCUUCGCCAAAGCCACCGACCGCUGGUGCUUCGGAGGGCGGUCCCACCGGACCGACAUACCGGACGGGGCGGACUCUGAGGCCCCCCUCCCGCCCCACGACGACAUCAAGGGCUCGGAGAACCCCACGCACGACCACGGGGAGUACAUCAGCAAUGGCAACACUAAACAUCCCGAAAAGAAACCCGACACCGCCGUCUAAGUCGUAAGUCGACCGAGCGAGUUCGGACGACGCGAGUUCGAGAACCGAUGAUAGGACGCGACGCAUAAGUGACUUGCGACCGCACUUCUGAUAUUAUAUUAAUGAUAACCGUAAUUAAAUGAAGUUUGACAGAUAACUUGUGCAGUUUAUGUCAAGUUUCAUUAAUCGUGAAAUCUUUCUAAGUGCGGGCGAAGUAUUUUUGAAUAAAUCGACUCGCGUCUGAUGGACAAGCUCUGAAAUCGACUGAAUUAAAACAAUUAUUUAUAUAACUCAUGUUCUUGAUGUCGUAACGAGCACAGUUUAAUGUAACUCAUGAUCCGUUAAAAUGUUGUCACCGAGACAUUUUCAAUAUGAAAUAAUUAGUACAUUUAACGUAAUGUUAAAGAUGUUUUGAAUGUAACAAUACUUAAAUGUAGUUGCCUAUACUGAAGUUACAUAAAGUAUAUUGUAAAUGUAUUCUCAAUGUUAUAUCCUUACAGUUUAUCGUUAGUGAGUGACAGAAUUAAGUCAUUUUCAAUUCUAUUUGCCGUGUUUGAUGUAAUUUACCUUAUUUUAUUAAAUUAUUUAGUAAGAAACAUUUUGAGAUAUUAUAGGAGUUAACUCGAUUCAUUCGAGUUGGGAACUCGAAUCUUUAUUUUAACGAGACGAGGAUUUGCCGCACAUCCUAUUUUGCACAUACUAUUACUAAAUGUUCUGACUGACUUUUGAAUGUUUAUAUUAAAAUUAUAUCUUGAAUAUCGACUGUUAUAUACUGCCGCUUUUAUAAAAAACGAAUUUAAUCCUACUAGCUUUCUUAAAGGAAUAGCUUAUGAAUCUCAUAUCUGUUACGAUGGUUACAACAAAACCAAUAUCUGCUUGUAAGACUGUUCCAUUUAUGAAAUUUUGUAACGACUUUUGGCAUUUUGUAUAGAUUACAGAAUAGUAUCCUAGGUGAACGGCUCACUAUCGGCAUUUCUAGUUUAUAAGUUUCUUACAUUUUCAGUUGACGAGCUGAACUCACAAAAAAUAGUUUUAAGUCGUCGAGCUGAAUUUAAGCUAAUCGGCCAUUGUUAGCUUUACUCGUACGUAGGCGGUUUAUGAAUCUUCAUAACUUAAUGCACAAUUAUUAUAGUUUGUAGUUACGAGUUCAACCACCAUUUUAUAUUUUGUAUAUAAUUUGUAUUAGAUAUUGUAAUCUACUUAAUGUUUGUAAUUUUCAGUUAAGACUUUAGGUUUAGGUAGUUCGCGAUUUUUUUUGCUAUUUGAUAUUUUGACAUUUCAGAUCGAUAAAACAUGUCCCGAAGCAUGUACUUAAUCGAGUUGAAAAAAUCGAGAACUGUUAUCUCUAUUUGUAAAAAAGUUAGUUUUAAGUUAGCUAUUGCCGUCAUUGUGAUUUCGUUUAGCGCUCUUGAAUCGUUUUAAGAAUUUUAUUUUUGUACCGCCUUAGUUGUAACGCUUUUUGUAAUAUUUCGUCAAUUACAACACUGCCAUGAACGGUUGCAAAAUGUCAAGCAAAAUACUGUACUGCUAUAAUUUUACAUUGCCAAUUUUUAUGACUUUUUGUCAGAUUUACCAAUUCUACCAUAAAAUAUACUUACUGUUAAAGAUAUAUUUGUAGCCAAAUUUCAAGUGCAUAUUCAGCUUUAGGUUUUAUGAAUAGACACAGCUUGAAAUAAUUAAUUCAAAACCUUUCCUCCGAAUAUUAUUUCACGUAAAUAUAAACUCAAUAGAUUUCGUGACGAUCUUUUUCGCUCCAGUUGUAAAAGUUGCCAAAUAAUGGCACACUUGUUAAAGCAAGAUCUCACAGUAACAUGUAUAAAUUUAGAGUAAAAUUACUAUAAUAUUAUAUAAUAGCUUUUUACGGUUAUCCGCCAUGUUCCGACCUGGUUUUGACCUUGUUCUGACCCGGUUCCGAUCUGGUUCUGACAUGGAGGCCUACAAUGAAACCGUUUUGAGACUCAAACGAUCGAAUCGGAAUGUCGCGUCCUAUUCUAACGCAUGUUUGUUAGUGUAGGACGCGGCAUUCCGAUUUGUUAGAGUCUCAAAACGAUUUCGUGGUAUGCCCCCUAGUUCCGACCUGGUUUCCUGGUUCUGACAUUGACUUUUUCGAGAAUUUAUCAUAGACAUUCAUAGAUAGUGAAUACGAGUUUGUAUUGUCAUACAAAUUUUAAAAUUUAGAAAAUAAAUAAAAAGUAUUUAUUAAAUAAGA